AUGUCAACUAAAAGGACUAAGGGAGUGACUAUAGUAUAUCCAAUUGUUUAUGGAAAUGUUGCAACUUUACUACCACAAAAGAAAGUUCCAGACUCCGAUCAUACGCAUAGAUGGACCGUAUCAGUAAAAGGGAUCAAUGGACAAGAACUUGGACAUUUUGUUAAGAAAGUUACUUUCAAAUUACACGAAACUUAUUCCAAUCCACAAAGGGUAGUCGAAAAUCCACCUUUUGAGAUUACAGAAACUGGAUGGGGUGAAUUUGAGCUUUCAAUAAAACUUCAAUUUGUCGAAGGUAGUGAAAAACCUGUUACCCUUUAUCACAAUCUUCGUCUUCAUUCUUAUGAAGACGAUGGCUCAAUUUCAACUUCAAGCAAGAAUAAACCGGUUCAAAGUUUUCAAUACGAUGAGCUC